AUGGCAACUUCAGGUGAGUCCGGAGCUGGUCUCCUUGCGCUUACAUUCGGUGUGGAGUUGGAAUUGGCUUUUGGCAUUAGCAGAUUAAAGGUCAUAAGGCGGCCACAUCUUGAAUAUCUGUUCCCUCAAAACUACCAGCUAGAUCCCAUGGAUCAGGUGGACGACCACGAGAAAUUCGACCCUACCGACCAUGAAAACCGCGGGUUGUGUCAAGCUGCCACCGUACUUCGCCGUGAAGGUGUGGACCUCGCAAUCAAGAUCAAUCCCAAGGACGAUGACGACCUUUUCCAACGUUGGAGUCUAACGCACGAAAAAGCAAAUAUUUGUCCAGCGGCAGAUUGGGAGAUCGAAUCAUAUACAGAUCAUCGGGUGAGACGCCUCUGGGAUCUCCAAUUUUCCGGGUUGGAGUUAAUUUCUCCUAUCAUGCAGGCUCCAGACAUGAAGGCAAAGCAAGUUCUCGAGGGUGGAAGCUUCCAAGAGCUCGAAAAGGUUUUGAAAGUGAUCGACUUUGCUCAAUGUCAUACGGACUUACCUUGGAUGUUCCUCAGUAAACCACAGACGUCGGGCUUUCAUGUCCAUGUCGGUCUGCAACCUGACGAGGACUGGGGUCCUGUGGACAUUCCACUCGAAGUCCUGCGGCACCUGGCCUGGAUCGUGGUCGUUUUUGAGGAUGUGGUCUCCCUUCUGCAUCAUCCGGAGCGUCGCGGUUUCUGGAUGACUAAGAUAUAUGACCACGCGUGUUCGAAUCGGCGAGCCUUUCUUGACAUUAAUCUUCGCCGUGUCAAAACUCACCUGCACACCUGCGACUCUGGUCUGGUAUACGAUCGAUAUGACGCAUUCAAUCAGAUCUUUGGCAGCAGAAGCCACCGGGAAUUGCGAGACAUCAUGUCAAAUGAGCCCGAUGCAGAUAACCCGGCCUAUCGCAACACCUUUGUCAAUUUCUACAACAUUUCGACCACUAGAGGGCACCCAGAACCUAUUAGGACAGUCGAGUUCCGCCAACAUUGCGGCACGACCGAUCCGACAGAAGUCAAGGAGUGGGUUUACUUCGUAACCAGCCUGAUGCGUACUGCAGAGCGAAAAGCGAACGAACCAACCCCCACUUUGCCCGCUAACGAUGUCUCUCCAAGCGGAUUGACCUCGCCCCAGAAAUUGAAAUACUGCGAUAUCUUGAAUUCGAAGGAGAAGCGGACACUCAAGGAGCUCUUUGACCUCAUGGAACUCCCUGUCGAGAGACGUCGCUACUGGUGGAGCAGAGCGCAGGAAUAUCAAUCACCCAAGUACGAGGAGUACUGGAAGUAUGGUACGUGUCAUCCAGUUUGCGUCGGUCAUGUCACCCGAGAUGCUGAAGGCUGGGCAGAAGGUGAGGUGAUUGCACAGCCUUGG